GUAUAAAAUUUCCCGAGAAACAAACGGCCUCUGAUAAUACAAAAAAGACAUUAUAUACAUUCCCAUCACUGAUUCUCUCCUCUUCUCUCCCUCUUCCUCUCAAUCUUUCUCUCGUCCCUGACCUUUAAAACUGUUUUCAAAUCAAAUCUCUGACAUCCAGAUCUCUUCCCCGUUUUUCAACAUCAGAAGCAGCAUUUCUUUAAAGCAAUGAGUCGCUACGAUUCUAAUCCCUUCGAAGAAGAGGAGGUCAAUCCUUUCUCGGACCCAGCAGUUAGAAAGGGAGGUGGACAAUCAAAUUAUGGUGGAGGUGCCUUUUAUACAACAAAUCCUGGAAGCGUCCCCCCUGCAACAUCAAGGCUUUCACCCCUUCCUCCUGAACCUUAUGAUCGUGGUGCUACUAUAGACAUUCCUCUUGACUCCACAAAGGAUUUGAAAGCAAAGGAGAAGGAACUCCAAGCAAAAGAGGCUGAAUUGAAAAGGAGGGAACAGGAACUCAAACGCAGGGAAGAUUCAAUAGCACGGGCUGGAAUUGUAAUAGAGGAGAAAAAUUGGCCACCAUAUUUUCCUAUCAUCCAUCAUGAUAUUUCAAAUGAAAUACCAAUUCACCUACAAAAGAUGCUGUAUGUUGCAUUCACAACAUUAUUAGGUUUGGUUUUGUGUCUUUUGUGGAACAUUAUGGCUGUUACCACAGCCUGGAUCAAGGGAGAAGGUCCAACCAUUUGGUUUCUUGCCAUUAUCUACUUCAUAUCUGGGGUUCCUGGAGGUUAUGUUAUGUGGUACCGCCCCCUAUAUCGUGCUAUGAGGACAGAUAGUGCUCUGAAGUUUGGGUGGUUUUUCUUGUUUUACCUGAUUCACAUUGGCUUUUGCAUCUUUGCUGCAGUUGCUCCUCCAAUUAUUUUCAAAGGAAAAUCUCUUGCAGGUAUUUUACCUGCGAUAGAUCUCUUGGGCCAGCAUGCUUUGGUCGGGAUAUUUUAUUUCAUUGGUUUUGCACUUUUCACUGUUGAAUCAUUGCUCAGUGUCUGGGUCAUUCAGCAAGUCUACAUGUAUUUCCGGGGUAGUGGCAAAGCUGCAGAGAUAAAGCGUGAGGCUGCUACACGGACUAUGAUGGCAGCUCUAUGAUGUGGAGGCUGUGGAACAAAGGUCCUACUUUCAGGUGGAAUUGGAUCAGCCGUACAAAGUUCAUUCCUUCAGUCACUCUCUGUCCUACAAGUCCAUUGCUGGCUUGCUUUCCGGUUCAUUGUCUUGCUGUGUACUUUAAGCAGAUUACUGGUCGGAGAAUCUUGAGAAUUCAGAAAAGUUCAGAUAGAGGAUAUCAGAAUUUGCAUGAAUACUGCUUUACAGGCUAACCUAAACAUUGUUUUUUCCCAUAGUUUAUUUUCCUAAGUAGAAUGCUUCUUCUCCUUUAAUAGAUGAAGAUGGAAAGGUAGAAAAUAUAGAUAAUUUUAGGUUUCUUGACUCGAUAGUUUGAAUCUAAGAAGAUAAAGAAUAGUGAUUUAUACUUACCACAAAAUUUGGAUUAACAGAACAAAAAAAUGUUUUCUAGGGUGGAGGUGGACUGUACUUUAAUAGUGCAGUUUGAACUUUGAAAUUACAUAUUUACCAAUAAAAGGUAUUUCGUAAU